AUGCUACAGAUUGCUUUGUUUGCAGUUGUAUUUGUUUUAUUUUUGCUGGCCAUAAUUCCAAGGAUACUGUUUUAUGCUGUUUCUUGGCGGUUAAGACAGGUAUUGCCUUGUGCAAUAAACUACUCCAAGUUAAGUUUUCGUGGUGCAUACCUUGUUAGGAUAUCUUUUCUCACCGGAGACUCAAUUGAGGUAGACAGGGUCGGUCUUACGAGUUGGCUCUUGGAUUCAAGCGCAAGUUCUCUGCUGUGCAUAUUCGUUUCCUGCAUUCACUUCUACACCUCACCUGAUGGUCUAGUAAAGAUUUGGUACUUGACAAAGUGUGCUGAAAGGCCUCCUACAGAUAAGCCAAGAAAGAGUUUCUUGUUCGAUGUUACACUGGCUGCCAGACACGAAAUGUCAAUUAGAGCUGAAAAUGUUGUGUUGAAGCCGUUGAUCCGGGCCAUCUGCAUGUCCGGAGAUGAAUUUACUUGCCAACACUGCGGUGAAACUCAUAGCGAGGCAGAUGACGAUAGCUCCUUAUCGUCAAAUACACGUUGUCUCUUCUGUCGCCGCUUCCACAUGUGUGGUACCUUUGUGGCGCUUUUGAGCACCGCUGUUGAGUUGAAGGUGAGUAUGCAGGAUGGAAGCGUGAGUGUAAAGGUGUUUGGCACGUUUUUGAUGUCUCAAGAAUCCAACCUGUGGCAGUUCGAGAAGAUAAUCGGUGCCGAAGUAGAUCUGCCUCUUGAAGUGAUGGCAGAGAAGCCUUCACAAAGCACGAGGUGGAGUCUUACAUUAACAUCAGAUAUGAUUCGUUUUAUGAGUGGUGCGGAGAACCUAAUAUUUAGUGUUGGAAAUCUGAGACUGCUCAGUGGACGUAUUGAUGGCACUAAUGAGGCUUCACGAGAACUGAUGAUUGAGCGUAUGGACGUGUGUGCCAGCCUGGCGGAGGAUAAAGUGGAUGCCUCGCUGACUGUGUGUGGAGUUUUCGGUGGUUUCGCACAAGAUGCGGACGAGUCAGCGUUCUUCCAGAGUCUGUACUCCGGUCUGUGUUCGAUCGAGAAGUCGCAUAACUGGCUUGCGCCAAGUCACAAGACGAGUUAUACUUCGAGCUACAUCAAAAAAAUGGAGGAGAAAUGCAUUCACUUAAGCGUCUAUGUGGAACCAUCUAGAAAGCAGGAGGAUUGUGCUGCUCGUGUGGCAUGGCUGGCGGCUGCGAAUGUAGUUCCAGCUCUGGUUGAAUCCAUUGGGUCGACGAAAUUGGACGUGACUUUGCCUUCAGCUGCGACGGAGUCUUUCAGCUUUGUGUUGGAAACCAAUGGUUUCCAUUUGGACGCAAUUGAACCCAAAUGGGGUUCAACCAGAAACAGCGAUGUCACAUGGAAACCUUGGAAGGCGAAGGAAGACUCAUUUACCCCUUCACCAAUUAGUGAUGUCUUGGUGGAGGCAGAGUCGAAGUGCAGGCUUGUGGAGGUGGCUCAGUUCUCAACCUGGUGUCACGCUAGCGUAGUGGGAUUUCGUAUAUACGAGGUUGAGGUUGAAAUGCCUUCGGUGAUGCUGGCGAACAUGCACCGACACUUGGCAAGAGUAGUCGCCGGGAAUGAUGAUGAUGAUGAUGAUGAUGAUGAUGAUGAUGAUGAUGAUGAUGAUGAUGAUGAUGAUGAUGAUGAUGAUGAUGAUGAUGAUGAUGAUGAUGAUGAUGGACAAUUCAUCUACUUCUUCCCCUACUGCCCUUGGAGAACGGAAGUAUCCGAAUGCAAACCAGCUGGCAUGGAGUAUUUCAAAGUGGAUUCACUGAAAGUUGCUCGUAUUGAGUGCGAAGUGCCAAGGGCGCAUUGUUCGGCCUCCGCCCUGCCACGCUGUUCGCCCUCACGCACUCCACUGUCAUCAGCUGCUACUACUGCCUCUCUGAUGCAGCAACAGCAGCGGUCAUCGAUGCCAUCGCCGCUUUUUCUCGAAUUUGCCGUGUCAAGCAGUGACUUCCGUCUUCGCUCGCCUGACACUUCGACAUCGUCAAUGCCACCCACCAGCUUGGUCGCGCUACCUGCCUUCCAGGUGUGCUGCAGCCUCUCCCAACGUUCGAUGGAUGUUAGUCUGUGCGAGUCUGUCGAACUACGGGUCGAUCCGGGUGCUCACCUCUGCGUGGUAGAGCUCCUUCUCCUUACUCGUCGUUUUCUUCGGAUUCGUCGUCCUGCUGAGACGGUCGACACUGUGAUAUCCUCAACGGCGCCCAUGUCCACACCAUGGAAUGUGGGAGUUCGUAACACAGCUGCAACCCUGCUAACCUACUCCUCCGGAUGUCAUUCGGCCGCCAUGGUGUUCAGUGGCAUGGACGUUUACGUUAGCAGCACCUCCAGUCAUUUGAGUCUGCGUGUCAAAUCAUCAAAACUUGCUCUUCUGUGCGAUGGCAGGGAGAUCGCGGUGCUUCAGAAUUUCGUACUUCGAAGGCUGCCACUCUCCGGUGCGCAUCGAAAGGUCGCUUUUCAACUCACCACACCUGAAAACACCUGCAUAGAAAUUCAAAGUGAAAGCACGCGCUUCACCUUCCCCUUCAACUACAACUUCUACGCCUGUUUUGACGAGUUUCUCAAUGUCAGGCGGGCUAUAAAAUACGCGAAAUCUGCCAAUUCACCGUUUUUCGCCGAGGUUAAAGCGAUGGAGGAUGGUGCGGAGGCAGUGGCUCUCUCUAAGAGUACGCCUCUUUCGGGUCUACCCUGUGAUCUUGUGUUCCGUGUCAAGAAAUUUACUCUGGAAAUCAAGGACGACCCAUUUGAAUGCAAACUCAGCGAUGAUUUCAUGGUCCUAAUGGACGAGAGCGUUGAGCAACAGAAACGAGUUGCUGCACUGGUCUCCCAGCUGGAACGCAGCCGUCAGUCUCACGGUGCACCACAGUCGUCGGCAAUGGCGGCGGCGGAGUUGCAGACUUGCCUAGAGCAGCUGGAGCUCCAACGUGCCGCUGAAUAUAUUGCACGUAUUCGACGCUUCUACUCAGGCUACACCAUGGCCGAUGAUCUCUUUACGUGGAGUAUGGAGACUGCCUGCCUACACGUCCUUGCUGACGAUGCCUUCAUAUCGCCACAGAAGGUGAUCGAGGAGAUCCAAAGACUUGACGAUGUCAGUCCCUGGAACAACCUCCAGCCCUCCGACUUCAGCCAACUCUUCUGCCGCCGCGUACACCUCGCGGUAGGUCGUUUCCAAUGGCAGCUGCGGGAUUACUCGAAGCCCUUGGUGGAUGCCACCGAGCUGACCUUGACAGGCUCUUUUGCAGUUGCAACGCGACGCUCGAUGGACCGGCGGAGUCAACGGGACUGUAAAGUGAAUCUGAGUCCAAUCUGGCAACCUUCCAGCAUCAAUGUUGUGCGUUACGUCUCACCAACGAAGUUCUUCUACGAAUUGUUCGCUGAUGUCAAGGAGAUGUCUUUGUGCUACGGUUCCAACUGGGAGCCUACCAUCGCGUGGUUAAACCUGCGUCUUGACGACAUCCGACGGGCCUCGGUGGACCCCUCUACGCCGCCGCUAGGUUGGUGGGACCGGGUACGUCUCAGCUAUCACGGUCGCCUCGGAUUCACGUGCGCGCGCUUCUCCUGGCUCUACUCGAUUAGUCUGGAUCCCUACAACGCUUACGAGUUUCUCACCUGCCAGUGGACCACCUGCACAUUCGACUGGAUUCCUGGUCACAUCUUUGUGAAUGGCGACCUGGAUUUGUUUUUUCAAACAGCCUCAAAGUACGACGGCGUGUGUCACGUCUUGCAGAUACCCGGUCUCAAUUUUGAGGUCUCCAUGGAUUGGCUCUCCUUCGGCAAUCAGUUCGACCAUCAUUCGGUUAUGCCGGUCAACGGCGAAAGGUUGACUGCCGACGAGCUUGCCCACGACUCCUACGCAGUCUUCCGUGGAAACCGCCUUCUGUUAGGUCUCGUUUUCAGCGUUAACGACGUCUCCACUACUCAACCUCCGCGGUGUUUCAUCUACACCAACCUGCUGAAGCUCUUUGAUCGUCUUAAAAUGUGUCUCUCUCGCAUCUCUCGUCCAAUUCGUCGUGGAGCCGUUUUUAAUCGCAUUCGUCCUCGAAAGCCCUUCUUUGGACAACUGCUUCAGUCGCUUGGGGUUUCAGUACGAAUGCCGUGUCUGGAGGUGACCUACUGGGUCUCCUACAACAAACGCCUAGGCGUCCACGCAUGCUGCGGCGCGCUGGACCUUCAUAGCACCUUCAGCGUCCACGUGGAGGGCGAGAGAGAGGCUAGAACAUCGGCGGGUGCUGUAGUCUUCAUUCUGCCCUCUCGCAAUCCGCAGAGACGUAUUGCACCACAAUGGAGUCUUCAAAGGGUCGAUGCAAGGAUUCUCAACUGUCGCGCGUGGCUCCUGGAUCGACCGGAUCGAACUGCGUUGCAUCUAAUAUCGGGUGCUGACGGGAGUUCAGUUGACCAAGAUAGUCUCCUCACCUCAUUCCCACCCAACUCUGAAUUGCUAAUCUUCUCGUCCAUCCGUUUUGAACGGGAACUUAGGAGCCAAAUGGACCUGCCAGUCCAACCCGUACGAGUUCGAAUUCCUGGUCUGGAAGGCUUCAACGAAGAAGCUAAGGAAGACACCGGCCCUGUGGAAACUGAGGACACAAAAAGUUCUGUAAAUGAGGACUCUUCUUCGGUUUCCCCUGAACGUCGUCACACCCCUAAAAUCCAGCUAUCUCAUGAGGAUCUGGAACCCGUUCAUCGGGUGAUGGUGGAGAACCCCAAGAUGCGAUGGAAUGAGACUAAUCGCAAUCUCGUCUACACCAUGAUGAACAUGUACAACCACGCGCAAACCCUCAAAAAGAACCUCUCAGCGCAAGCACUCAAGGGCAUCUCCCUUGACAUCGCAAAUGGUCCCACUAUCCCAUCACUGAGCUCAUCGCAAUCACGUAACGAAGACGAUAGAGCGUCGAUAUCCUCCCGUGACAAUGGCGCGGAACCUUCUAAGGCCUCAGUGUGUAUCGAUGCAGGCACGUUGACGGAGGAGGGGAAGGUGAAUGAGCAUUCGCCGACGUCUUUGUGCAUGAAUGCGACGGGGCCUGACGCCUGGUCGGAGGUGCCGAUGCUAGCAAAACUAGUGAAGGAGGCGGAGACGGCGAAAUUUUAUGCCUAUUGCGAAGAAGAGCCUAAGCAGCCGGAUGUUUUGGACCAACUUCAAGGCCUCUCGCUGUGUACUUCCAGCCCCGUUCUCUCGCGUCAGUGGCACAUUGAACUCAGCAACUGUCAGGUUAUGUUAAAACCGAACGAUUGUGCAGGCUACGUCAUCGUCUCAGCGGCGAAGGCGCGACUGGACUCGGUCGAACACCCGCCUGUCUGGCGCGAUGCCCGUCUCCUCUCCAAGUCCAGUCUCAUAGGCCAGAUGGAGUGCAUGCAGUACUACGCUACCGUUAGUAGUGGUGGUGGUGGUGGUGACCUUGAGGCCUCCACACCGGAUCAGUGGUUGUCAUCCGCGGACGUUCGUGAUUGGCAGCGCUUGGGCGCAGAUUUCGGUCAGGACGCGCUUUCCGGCCGCCCCGAGGUGGUGGGAUCCGGCCAUGCAGUUGGUGGUAUCGUCAGCGCUGUACCCUCCACCACCACCUCCACCUCUGUUACUGCCAUCCAGCUCCAACGCAUGGUGUCGCGCUGUGCCUGUCAGUUCGUCUAUGUCACCUACGCACCGCUAGUUCCGACUAGCCUACCUCCUGGUCAAUUCGUUCCUCCGCUGCCCCCAAGUGAGGAUGAUUCGAAGAUCCUUCAGAGUCAGGAGGGUGCUGACACCUUCACGCUACUUCAUAGAACUCUCAACCUCUGCACCAACUCGCUGCAAUAUAGCAUGGUCUUCGACAUUGUCAACAACCUUCUUCUCUACGUGGAGCCUCAACAAAAGGAGCGAUUUGAGCGCAACCGAGUGGGCCUGAGUUUGUUGGGCGAGCGGGAGCUGCGACAGGCCAUCCUGCGCGACCAGGAGACGUUGCGUGGCCUCGUGAACGCUCAGCGCGUGCACGAGCGCGAGUUGUGGGCUGCGCUGCGCCUCUUUGAUCGCUCCCUCCAUGCCGCUCACUCCGGUUCCCCUCCUGCUGCUGCAUCUACCAAACAGAUCCUCGCGCCGGCGUCACGCUUAUCCCCCUCCACUUCUGCUGCUAUCAACGCUGCUUCGUCUCGUAUGCCUCCCGCGCUGGCUGCACAGGCGGAGCAGAUUCUGGCCUUUGAAGAGCGAAUUGGUCAGCUGAAGGCGAGUAUCGUGGAGAAGAACUCGCUGCUAUCGCAGAGCAUAGCUCACUUUCAGAAGGUGCACGUCCAGUCGCAGCGGUUGCAGGGCGGACAGAGCGUUGUCAUGGCCGGAGCCGAUCCCACUGGAGGUCGCCAAAGGGAGAUCCUCCCAAUCUUAGGAGGCAAUACCAACAACACAGAGGGCAAGACUGGAUUACCAAUAACUCUUCGAAGUUCAUCCGCUUCUACAACAUCACCAACAGCCUCGGGAGCAACGACAGCUGUGGGUGCGUCGGUGGGUAUCAGUGGAGCUGUUGGUAAUAGCGGAGCGGAAUCCUCUCCUGAGGCGACAGCAACGGAAGUCGAAGCGGAGGUGAUACGACGCGAUGAGGUCUGUUUUGAGCACGCGAGAUGGCGCAUGACCGAGGCGGAUGGGCAAAUCGGAUUGGCCGAUGUGGAACUACGCGGCUUCCUUUACGCUCGCACUCACCGACGUGACGACUCGGGCUCCCAUUGGCUGCAGCUGGGAUCGAUGCGGGUCCACAGUCUUGCUCCAAACUCGUUUUACAAGGAGGUACUGCUGCCAGACUCCGGCAGCAGUUAUCACCACAUUGGUGGACCGAUGAUUCGCGUUGCUUGCACUCAGCGGCCUCCGGUUGGCGGUAUCUCUGUCAAGGAGGUGAUGGAAAUCAGCGUCGCUCCUCUUGUUCUCCAGGUGAGAGGGAAAGUGUGGUGCUUCCAUUCACCCCCUGUCAGUGGUGAUGAUUCUUUGACACAGGUCAGCAAGCCCUUUUACAAUCAGCUGAUGCCUUUUUUCUUCCCCGAACGCGGCAAUGAGGAGGGCUCCUCCUCCACCACCGUAGAACAAGCCGAUACUCUGGAUCCUUCCACUCCAGGAAGUGCGGACUUUAUCGCGUCGUCGGAGGACCUCCAUGAUGGCGUUGAAUCAUGGCUCAAGCGUCGCAAUAGGCAGGGGAGCAAGAUUAUAUCCCGACUGGAUCCCAAGACCUGGAGUGGACGUCUGCUGAGCCAUUCGGGAAGGCAUUACAGCCAUCGCCAUCAUCACCAGCAGCACCAGCAGCGUAAGGCAGUUGCAGAGGAAACUGUUCUUGAAGAGGGUGUUUUGGAAGUCAAUCCCACCGUGGAGCAGAGUGAACGUGGAGGCUCUGCGGGCCCCACUAGUGGUCCGGAGCUCUCGCUGCUUCCUCUCGACGUUAUGAGGGAACGCGCCCGUAGAAAUCAUGUCUUUCUCUACAUCAAAAUUCCUGGCUUUCCCAUACGGCUGAGCUACAAGGGUGACAAGCAGAAGAACUUGGCAGACGUGACCAAUUUUGAGCUAAACAUACCAAUGCUGGAAUAUCACAACCGCCUCUGGACAUGGCUCGACUUUGUCCUCGAGGUAAAGAUGCGCAUUCGACGUCAGUUGAUCAAGGAGGUGAUUAAGCAGAAGUUGCGCCCCCGUCGAGCGCUCUCGUGGCACAUGGCCCGUCCAGCCUCCAGUGAUCGCGUCUCCGCCGUAGCUGCGGAGGCUGCUGACACCGGAGUCGAAGAGGAGACGAGCCUGGAGGGACACUUUCAUAGCAACAAUUCCUCCGCCUCUCUCACUGCCUCCAAUACCCUUGCUGCCAGCAGCCGUCGAGAGCAGGAAAUUCUGAAACUCAUCCUUGGGCGUCAUGCCGCAGAGCAUCCCGCUAUAAAUAAGGCGCCUUCAGUCAAUCUGCCUCGAAGUUCGCCUUCUCAUGUGGCAAUACACCUGCACCAGCGUCAUACACCAAAAAGCGUCACAUUUCCAUUGCAACAGAAGUUGAAAGCAAGAGCAAUCCUCCCCUUCGACUGUAUCCAACCCCCCCCCCACCCCGGCCUGGGGAUCACUUUCUGCACCACUGUUUGCGAAUCGCGUCGCCAAAGGCGCAAAUCAAACAUGCAAGCGGAGUCUUGUGUACCGCCAAAUUGGUACAGAGAGGGCGGUGCCAAAGUUGAUUGGAGCUUCACCACCAAAAUGCAUGCUGUCAUUUUCCUCAUGCUGCUCGCUCUCAUGAGAGCUCGAGUCAUCGAAGAGGCACGCAAGGAGGAGAAACCCAUGGCAGAAGGAGAAGAAGAGGAGGAUAAAAUUGAGGGUGGAAAGGAGGCGGAAGGAGGAAAAGAAACCGAGGCGGAUACUAAGGAGGAAGAAGCGGAGGUUGGAGAGGACAUGACUAACGAAGUGGAGGAGGAAGUUGAUGGAGAAGAUAUGGAAGACUUUGAUGAAGAAGCAGAGAGAGAAUCCGAGGAGGAGGCAAGACAACAAGAGGCAGAGGAGAUAAAGUCAGUAGAAGAAAGCCCUGCAAUGGCGGUUGAUAACUUUCACUCAUCCCGUUGCCCCGUGUGUGGCUCUGCUUCCAAAUGCAAAGGGUCGAUCUGCUUCCCCUUCGGCUUUGAUCUUCAAAUCCAUACAAGUCUUCAUGUUGCCAUGGCGCUGCUUUCUACACCGAUAGUACUGAAAGGCGAUAGGUGGCGGAUAGCAGCAGCGCCAUUGGCUCGCCUGAAGGUCACCGGGUUCUACACUCACACCAAGUCCUUGUGUGAGGCGCGGAUCACUCCACUCCACUUAUUGCGUACAUCAGGAGCGUGA